UGAGGGAGAAAAGGGAAAGCAGAGACCGAGUAAUCUCUCUCUAGUGAUUUGGGCGGAAGAAUUCGGACGUUUAUGUGUUGAUUGUUACUUAAUUCUGUUUCUUUUUGAACUGGAGAGUUUUUAGAAUCGGAUUCAGAACGGGGUUACAGAUCUUUGAUAUUGAGUGUUUCUGGCGUUUGGGUGUUUGAAUACAAAUCUGGGGUUAAAAAACACCGACUAGAUUUUCUGGAAUAGCAGAUGAUAUGUUCGAUUUCGCUCCUUGGUGUUUUGUUGAAUCGAAUGGGUUCAGGACAGCAAUUUUGUGUGAUCUGUUGUAGGAGUGAAUCUGCUUACUGUUUGGAUGAAAAGGGUAGCUUUGGUUCGGCUUGUUCAUUUUUGUUAAUGCUGAAAAAGUGCCUGCUAUAAUUGCUUCUCCCACCGGGCAAAAUAGAGUGUUUACUCAACUUAUGGAUUUGUAAUAGCUCUCAACAUCUUUCUGGAGGCUAAGGAAAAAGCGUUUUACUUUUUUGGGAGUGUCGCCUUAUCGGUUUGUAUGAAUUAUGAUCAAGCAGAUAUUUAGUAAGCUUCCCCGAAAAUCAUCGAAGAGUGGUGAGAGCAGGGAACAUGGUGGAAGCCAUAUGGCCCCUUCUACUGCUUAUGCUUCUGCCAGUUCGAGAAUUAAUGAUUUAACAUCUGGCAAGGCAGUAAAUUUGGUUUCAUCUUUUCCAGUUGAUGUGGGGCAAAAUCAUGGUGGCAAGGCUAAUAAAGGUGUGAACACGAAACUUAAUGGAAUUCCCACUUCUUCAUAUGAGGCAUUGCCUGGGUUUAGGGAAGUUCCAAGCUCUGAAAAACAGAAUUUGUUUGUUAAGAAGCUAAAUCUAUGCUGCGUUUUGUUUGACUUCAGUGACCCAACAAAGCAUCUUAAAGAGAAAGAGAUCAAACGACAAACUUUGUUGGAGAUUGUGGAUUAUGUAACUUCUGUUAAUACUAAAUUUACUGAAGCUGUUAUUCAGGAUGUUAUAAAAAUGGUCUCUCUAAAUUUAUUUAGAACAAUGAGUCCUCAACCACGUGAGAGCAAAAUUGUGGAAGGUUUUGAUUUGGAAGAGGAGGAGCCUUCAAUGGAUCCUGCAUGGCCUCAUUUGCAAAUUGUGUAUGAAUUCUUUCUCAGAUUUGUGGCCUCUCCUGAGAUGGAUGCAAAAUUGGCUAAGAGAUAUAUUGAUCAUUCUUUCAUUCUGAAGCUGCUGGAUCUGUUCGACUCCGAAGAUCAUAGAGAAAGAGAAUACUUGAAGACAAUUCUGCACCGUAUCUACGGGAAAUUUAUGGUCCACCGGCCAUUUAUUAGAAAGGCUAUAAAUAACAUAUUUUACCGAUUUAUAUUUGAGACUGAAAAGCAUAAUGGGGUUGCUGAACUUUUAGAAAUUUUGGGAAGUAUCAUCAAUGGAUUUGCUCUCCCGUUGAAAGAAGAGCAUAAGUUAUUCCUUGUUCGUGCAUUGAUCCCUUUGCAUAAACCAAAAUGCCUAGCUAUGUACCACCAGCAGUUGUCAUAUUGCAUCACACAAUUUGUAGAGAAAGAUUGCAAGCUUGCUGAUACAGUCAUAAGAGGUCUGUUGAAGUAUUGGCCAGUUACAAAUAGUUCCAAAGAAGUCAUGUUUCUUAGUGAGUUGGAAGAAGUAUUAGAAGCAACUCAACCUCCAGAGUUUCAACGCUGCAUGGUACCCCUGUUUCGCCAGAUCGCUCGAUGUCUAAAUAGUUCACAUUUUCAGGUAGCAGAAAGGGCGCUAUUCUUGUGGAAUAAUGAUCACAUUGAAAACUUGAUCAAGGAAAAUCGCAAGGUCAUACUGCCCAUAAUCUUUCCAGCUCUGGAAAAGAAUGCCAGGAGUCAUUGGAACCAGGCUGUCCAUAGCUUGACUUUGAAUGUUCGGAAGAUAUUUUAUGAUCUUGAUCCUGAACUGCUCAAGGAAUGCUUAGUCAAGUUUCAGGAAGACGAAUUGAAGGAAAAUGAGCUGAAAGCAAAACGAGAGGCGAUAUGGAAUCGCUUAGAAGAGCUUGCUGCAAAGAAAGCUGCCAGUAAUGAAGCCGUGCUUGUUUCUCAUAAAUUACCCACUCGGACAGCAUCGGUUUAGUGAGAGUAAGAGAUAUUUACUUCCAUUUACCCGAUCGUGUUGAUCCCGUGAGAUAUGCUGUAGUAGCAUAGAGUUUAGAUCAAAUUUCCAUGGACCGUUGAUUUGUGGCCUGCUAUAUGAUAAUAUCUUGUGGGGUUCUUUUCUGUACAAUAACCAUAGUCCAGUCCAGUAUGCUUAUUCUUAGCUUUCUGUGCGUGCUAUUCUUAAAUUCUUCAUGUAGCCGCUCCUUACCUUACAGAUUAUGGGAGCACUAUGUUGUGCUAGAUAGAUAUAUAUAUAUAUAUGGUUAGCCCCCA